AUGCAACAGCCAUCAUCCACAGAAGAACCCAUCUCUCCCUCCUCCUCAUCUCCAUCGACAUUAACAAUUUCCUCAUCAUCACCCUCUGUGACCAUCAAAUCUUCACAAAUCUCAUCUUCGGAGACACUGAACAGCACUCCAAAAUUGUCCAACACUCAUCAGGAGCCAACGAUAUCAUCAUCUUUAGACUCAUCAACGGAAAAUCAAAAUUCCAAAUCGGUUCAUCAUCCUUCGACGUCCUUCUUCAUCAUGAACGACCAAUUAUUGGAAAAAAAUAAAGAACUCGUGGUUACCACAACGAACCAAGAAGAAGAACAAGGGAGCCUUAUCAUUUCAUCCCAACAAGAUUUUUCAUCAUCAUCCUUACAAGAAGAAGUAACAACAACAACAACAACGAGAAUAUCUAUAACCAGCUCGGAAGAGCAUCCAACACAAAAUAACAACAGUAAAACGGUGUUAUCGGAACCACGAGGCUCCUCUCAACUGCCAAAGGAAAAUUCAAUAUUUACACACACAACAACGUCCGGUACAACGAUUAGCACGACUAGCUCAUCAUCGGAAUUGAGAAAGAGAAAAAAGAAUUUAGAACGGUCAUUGUUAGACAGGAAUAUCAUCAUGUACAGUAGUGGUAAUAGGGGAGAUGGAUAUUUAAAUUCUCCUCAUAAUAGAAGCUCUUCAUCAUUGGAUGGAGUUUUUGACGUCAUUACUGAUUAUUAUUAUAAUGGAGAGAAGAAUACAGAAGAGAAUGGUCUACAUGAAGACCAUGAACAACAUCAUUUACUGAACGCCUCGGAACAGGGUGGCUUUUCAUUGGAGGAUGGAAAAAUAGAGAAUAUGGAAACAAUAAUGACAAGUGAAGAUACCACGCAACAAGCUCUGGAUUCCAAAUCAGACACUCAUUCUAUUGAAGAAGAGAACCAUGAAAAAGCAACUCUGGUGAAACAAGAAACGUCAUCUUUGGAAGAAACUUCAACUACAAUCAUUGUGGGUGAUUAUGAGAAAUUUGUGUACCGAAUAUCACCAAAAUUUGAGAAUUAUUUUAAAACAUUUGACGACAAAAUAAUUGCAACAAUUCAAUUCAAACCUAAUAUUGUGUUUUUCAUUUUGAGCAUGAUUGUAACAGCAAUGACAACAAUUGAAAUUGGAAUUUUAGCUCCUGUUGUGUUGUACAUUCUUGGGAUUGAUCAUUUUGCAUCCUAUACCAUGUGGAUAAUUUUAACAUUGAGUAUGCUCAGUCAAUUACCAAAGCGGUUCAUGUUUCGAGUACGGCCUUAUUUAGCCUCACGAGCAAAAUGUAUUGCAAAAGAUAAGACAAGCUCUUUUCCAAGUCGUGCAGUAACAUGUUCUGUGGUGUAUGCAUUCCUGGUGUGCUACUUUAUUCGAUGUGUCACAAGUGGAGAGUCUAUGAGUGACGUGAUAUUUUGGAUUUGGUGUAUACCAUGUUGUUUCUUUAGUGUCAUUGCCGCCAGUGCAGCUAGAAUUUACCUUGGCGUCCAUUAUCCAAGUGAUUGUCUAUUUGGAGCCCUACAAGGAUUGCUUUCAAUUAUUUUGGGAACCAUCUGUUACAUGAUUCAUUUAAGUAUUUGCACCACGUGUGCUGGAAAUUCUGAUUCAACCAUAUAUUGGAACGGCUUGAUGCCAUGUUAUGCAUCUCUCGAAGAAUCUGUGAAUCUCAUUACUGAAGUUGGGAGAAGUAACCUCUCUCAUGUGAACUGGUAUUUGUUUUGUAUACUGAGUAUUGGAUCUCUAUUGGUUGGAAUUUUGUUUGUCAUCAAACCCAUUCAAUUUUACACAAAAUUUCAUCACGUCUUUAGUAUGCUUGCUCCUUGUUUAACUUUUCAAUAUUGUUUCCUCUGCCCCACUUUAUCCUUGAAUGGAGUUGCAACCAUUCCUAAGCCCUCUCUCUUUCCGCCAUGGUUUUCCUACCUUUAUGCGACAAUUGUUGGAAUUGUUUUCACAGCUGCUGGUAUGAAAUCUCCAAAGAAGUACAGCCUUAUUGCAUUUCCCAUUCUCUACAUUUUAGUAUUUUGUGCCUUAUUCUUUUGGAGAUCGUGUAUUUUUCAACAAUCCUCGUGA